AUGGAGAUUCUGGGUGCAACGAUUACUUGGACCGUAUUCAGAUCUACUUUUCUAGAGAAGUAUUUUCCUAAGGAUGCGCGUGGAAAGAAAGAGAUCGAAUUCCUUGAGCUGAAGCAAUGGAGUUCAACUGUUGUUGAGUAUGCUGCUAGGUUCGAAGAACUAGUGAAGUAUUGUCCGCAUUAUAACAAUCUGGCAGCUGAAGUGUCCAAGUGCAUUAAGUUUGAGAAUGGACUGCGUCCAAAGAUCAAGCAAGGUGUUGGGUAUCUUGAGAUUCGCCAGUUUAAUAUACUAGUGAAUAAUUGUAGGAUUUAUGAUCAGGAUACCAGAGUCAAGUCUUCUUUUUAUAAGAGUUAUAAUGAGAAGAAAGGAAAGAAUCAAGACCAUGAGAAGCCGUAUAGUACCCUUGCUGAUAAAGGGAAGCAGAGAGUGUCUGAUGAGAAAAAACCAAGUGGGGAGGAGCUCCCGUUUCUGUCAAGUGCUUUAAGUGAGGUGAACUAG